AUGACUCCACCCAUAGCGGCGAGAGCGAACACCAAUCCGAGCGGCACUGACACCGCAACGGAGGUCUUGUCGAGCUCCGAGGUCGGCUCCGCCUCCAGAGCGGCAUCGUACAAGCGAACCACCUUCGUUGGGCAAGUGUCCGUGUUGGCGGCGCCUCUGCAUUGUUCGCACUCGGCGACGAGGAUGUCCGUCGGAGAGCUCGCGGGCCCCUCGUUGUCGUUGGAGCCGAAGCCCACAGUGGUCUACUGGCACCAAUACAGGAACCUCUCGGAGCAGGUCGUGGACUUGCAAAGGAUGGUCUUGACGCAGAUGUUUUGA